AUGUUCUCCUGGCGAGGGUUCCUAUUCGGCCCUCCAUAUGCUGAUAGCUUUGAAUCUGCGACAAGAUUUGGGUCCAUUUUUAUAAACGCCCUGGGCGUCGUGCUGGUGCUUGUAAUUCUGUUGGAGGAGGUCGGUCUCACGUCAGAGGCUGUCCGCUGGUCUGCUGAAGGCAUUUGGUUCGCAUGCGCAAUCAUCUUCGCGGCUGUGCUCGCCUACGGUCAUUGGUGUCGGGUCCCCCCACGGCCCGACGGGUCAAAUCCCAACCGGGGCCAUUCAGGAUACGGCGACACUUUCGAUAAUGGCACCAAUCUGGCGGACGAAGUGUCUUGCAACAAGGUUUCAGUUUCUGUUGCUUACGCACAGUCCACAUGA